AUGAAUAUUCAUACCGGAAUACAUAGACGAAAGUGUUCCGGUAUGAAUAUUCAUACCGGAAUACAUAGACGAAAGUGUUCCGUGGCGCGUAUCAGAGGACGCGAUGGUAGAAUUAGGCGUUCCGAAGAUAUCGGACAUGAAGAGUUUCUACGGUGCCAGGCGGAGGAGCAGCAGGAGGAGGAGAAGCAGCAGCAGGAGGAGGAGCUUGUGCCGGAGGUGCAACCUGUGGUGCAGCCUGUGGUGUGGCCUGGAGGACCGAUUGAUACUAGUCAUCUGACACGGUAUCAUGAGCACGUUGCUCGUCAUGUAUGGUUUGGCGAGGAACGUCAUGGACCAAGAAUUGAAUUAAAGAUAGCAUCUCUCGGUGGCAAACUGGCCGAAUGGGUUCCUAAUCAACAUCCACGAUAUGUUGAAGGUUGGAUGACUGCAUCUGGGUUGAGAUCACUUAAGCGGACCAGUUUGAACAAGGUCGAUCCGAAUCUUAUAUCCGCAUUUGUUGAGAGAUGGCACCCUGAGACAUCGUCAUUUCACAUGCCAUUCGGUGAAAUGACAAUUACACUAGAUGAUGUUGCCUGUUUGUUGCAUAUUCCGAUUAGGGGUGACUUUUACACACCGUCAUCGUUCACAGAGGAAGAAGCUGCGGCACUUGCAGCUGAAUUGUUGGGUGUCAGUCUUCAGUGUGCGGCCAGAGAGACAAGAAAGCAGCGAGGUGGAUAUUUUUCUCAACAAUGGCUAUUUGAUAACUACAUAAGGCAGUGUGAAGUUGAGAAUUAUGAUUGUGCUGCUAGGUCGUAUUUGUUGUUGUUGAUCGGCUGUACCAUUUGCACUGACAAGAGUUUUACACGCGUGGAUGCAAAAUAUCUACCGAUGUUUAGGGUUUUGUCUACAUGUAGUAGAUUUGCUUGGGGUGCAAUUGCCUUGGUUGAAUUAUAUGACACCUUGAAUGAUGCUUCUAUCUUUACCACAAAGGGGCUCGCUGGGUAUGCGACACUUUUACAGUGUUGGAUUCACGAGUAUUUCCCUACCCUUGGAAGGCGGGCUGAGUCUGGUAUUGACUGUGAUAUUCCUGGUGCGAGUUUACCUCGAGCUAGGCGGUGGAGGUAUAGGCAAGGGAAUGUGAAGCUUCCUGCUUAUCGACCAGUACUGGAUGCAUUGACCCCGGAUGACGUUAUAUGGCGUCCGUUUGAAGACCAUAGAGCUGCAUUUCCUUUUGACCUGGUGAGUAUGUAUAGUGGAUAUCUGCGUGGCUGCACUGUAGUUCGUUACUUGCCUGAGAGAUGUAUUAGGCAGUUUGGCUACGUUCAGUAUAUACCACCACCACCACCUCCAGCUCCUGCCAUUGAUGUUAUUGAUAGUGACUGGAUCGGUUAUGACAUCGUUGUUGAUCGGAUCGUUCAGCCCACACGUCCAGCGACAUAUGCUGCUGAGGCUGCAGCUGAUUACUUGCCGUGGUACUAUAUGGUAUCACAUCCUAUAGUAUGUCGCCCUGUUGAUGGACCACAUGGAGCACAGCCAGUUCCACAGUAUAUGGCACCACAAGAUGAUCCGAUGGAAGCAGAUGCACCAGCUCCAGCAGAGGAUGACCUCCAAUGCGAACGAAGAUGGAGAGGUAUGAUUGGUUCCGCAUUGGAGAGGUUUGUCUCGCAUUUAAAUAUCGACAGAGAUGAAGAGGGAUUUGAAGAUCUUUUUUUAGCACUGGAUGUGGCUCGUGGUGAACAUCCAUGACCUUUUUUUUUUUCCGUGUUGUAUUAUUAAUUUGGAUGAUUUUCUUGUGUGUGAUUUUCUUGUAUUAUUAGCACUAGUGAUUUGGCAUUUUAACAAACAGGGGUAUUACUUUGCAUGCCAUUGACAUUUGUUGCUUCUUGCUUGAUAUUUUUAUGCUAUAUUUUGAAAAUAUGAUGA